CUGCUUAUGAAAACAUGCCCCCAAGCCUCCGCUUUCUUAUGGCGAAAGCCGGAGCUCUCUAGCUGGCUUCUAUCAAAAGUUAUUAAAAAAACAACGGAGUCCAUUCUAUUUUGGUACAGACAGUAGUUUGACAACCUUUUUUAAAUAACAAUAUCAAGAUAACAUUAAAUCAAAUUAAAAUAAUUUUUGUGAUAUUUUGAGCUACUAUAUAAACAAAACCGAACGACGUAUUUGUCAAUCACAAAAAUGUUUCUAUAUGAUAAAAUGAAAUAUAAUGGUCUUAUUUAAUAUUAUUCUGAUUUAGGCGGAAAAGAUUGCGUCACAAAUGAUAUCUGAAGGACGUUUAAGUGGUUUUGUUGAUCAAAUUGAAUCUGUUUUACAUUUUCAAGCUCGUGAACAAUUGGCAUUAUGGGAUCGUCGUAUUGAAAGUUUUUGUGUUCAAGUAAAUCAAGUACUUGACAAAUUAUAUUCCGUUCAUCCCGAAUGGUGCAGUCGAAUGAUGGGCACUAUUGAACAACAAAUGAAUGUAGGAGAAACAAUAGAUGGUUUAAGAACAACAACGACAACAACACAAUCAACAACAGCAAUGGAGACAUCUUAA